ACCUCUGUUUCAUGAUUUUACUUGUUCUGUUUAGGAAGUAUAUAGAGCUGUCAAUGUGUUUGAAUGUUAUGAAUCAGUUAUUAUGUGCAUGAUAUUGUCUGUUUGUAAUCAACCCGAUUGUUCUGUUUACAGUGUCUUUAUGUAUGCUUCAUCCUAAUUAAAUGUGAGCCAACCAUGUGAUUUCCACUAAAUGUGACCUCUGUUUCAUGAUUUUACUUGUUCUGUUUAGGAAUGUGACCUCUGUUUCAUGAUUUUACUUGUUCUGUUUAGGAAGUAUAUAGAGCUAUCAAUGUGUUUGAAUGUUAUGAAUAAGUUAUUAUGUGCAUGAUAUUGUCUGUUUGUAAUCAACCCGAUUGUUCUGUUUACAGUGUCUUUAUGUAGACUUCAUCCUAAUUAAAUGUGAGCCAACCAUGUGAUUUCCACUAAAUGUGACCUCUGUUUCAUGAUUUUACUUGUUCUGUUUAGGAAUGUGACCUCUGUUUCAUGAUUUUACUUGUUCUGGUUAGGAAGUAUAUAGAGCUGUCAAUGUGUUUGAAUGUUAUGAAUCAGUUAUUAUGUGCAUGAUAUUGUCUGUUUGUAAUCAACCCGAUUGUUUCAAUGUUAGAAUGUCAUCACCCUCAACUUCUUCCACAUCCUUUGGUAAAUGUACUGUGAGCCAACCUUUAUGCUUCUGUGAGGUUGAGGCGACACUGAGAUACUCAAAUACUCCCAGAAAUCCAGGAUGUCCCUUCUUUGGCUGUCCAAAGUACAACAAUGAGGGCUUACCAUUUUGCAAGUUCUUUAAGUGGGUGGAUGGUACUUUGGACAUAGAGCAAGAAGUUCACCAAAUUAAAAUUGAACUAUUAAGGAAGGAUGAAGAGCUGAAAAGGAUACUCGACGAUUUUCAACAGAGGGAGAUUAAGUUCCGGAAGAGAGCUGAUGCGAUUGAGAAAAUGUUAUCCAAUAUACUUGAGGAGGUUCAGAAGAAGGACUUGGUGCUUCUAAAGCAAGAAGCUGAAAAUAGGCGUUCACGCACACUACUCCAUCUGUAUUGGGCUGUUGCCAUUGUUGUAUCAUGUUACAUUUUGCUGUCUAACCAAGCUUAGAAUUGAUUUCUCUUAAGUUAUUGUAAAUAUGUAGUUUAAUUUACUCUGAUCUGCCAAGUUAUU